CCAUGGAAAAAGUGUCUCAGCGAAGUCGAGGAGCUAAAACCCUAUUCGCCAUGGCUCUAAGUUUUGCAUGGCUCGGACUGUAUCAGAUCUGACCAAGUAGGGCCGCGAGAGUAGAAGUGGUCGGCCUCUCCGAUACUCUCUGCGAAGCAAAUUUGAAUUCGAAGAGAUGCAGCGGUUUUUCGGUCUUAAUAAGCUGCUGCUCCGCCAAUCGGCGGUUGUUAUUGAGAGUGGAGGCUCCUCGUACGAUGCUCUUCUUAGGCCUUCGUUGCGGUCACUGGAGUCUGUUCCCUCCUUUCACGUUUUGCGGCAAUCAUUUCAGCAGCGGUCGGCUCGGAGUACUAAUUUUUCUUCUGGACUUUGCAAUUUGUUUUUCGUGAGGCGGAUUUUUGGAGGAAGAGCAUCUGUAACGACUGCUGGCAUCACAAGCCAUUUUGCCGUCGGUCCUCAGUCGCUUAAGUUCUCAUUCCUACAAAGGAAGGGAUUUGGUGCUUGGCAGCCAUACGGGUUUCGGCGCACUUAUUGGAGAAAUGUACCUACGUCAGAUGAAGUAGUUUUUGGUUUAAUUGGAACUAAUGUCGUUGUAUACUUCUUAUGGCAAUUUGCUGAUUUAUCAUUUAUGAAGAAACAUUUUGUGAUUUCAUUGGAAAACCUUAGGAAUGGAAAUCUGCACACUAUGCUGACUAGUGCAUUCAGUCAUGCAGAGCUUGGCCAUCUUGUGACAAACAUGGUCGGGCUCUUCUUUUUUGGUACAAAUAUUUCUAGACUUUUUGGACCCGCAUUCCUUCUUAAAUUGUACGUUGCGGGGGCACUUGGUGGAUCGGUAUUUUUCUUACUGCAUAGGAUAUAUUUAGAGAGUGCACAGCCCUUUUAUCGGAGAGCUCAUGCACUGGGUGCAAGUGCCGCUGUUAAUGCAAUUAUUCUUCUCGACGUGUUUCUCUUUCCAAAAAAUAUGUACUAUGUAAACCUUGUCAUACCAGUGCCUGCAAUUUUAAUGGGAGCAUUCAUCAUUUGUAGUGAUUUGUGGAGGAUUAACAAGGGCGAUGAUAAUAUCUCUGGAUCAGCGCAUAUGGGAGGUGCUUUUGUGGCAUUGCUAGCUUGGUUUGCUGUGAAGAAGGGCUGGUUUUGAUCUUUAAAGCAUAUCAUGAACUUGAACAUAAUGACGUUGAGUUUUGCCAUUCAUUAUAAGAAAUACCACAAAUUCAGAAGUCGCUCCUCUCUUCAUAAGUUGUCCGCUCCAAUUGGAGAAUUUCCAACAAAGUUUCUAAUGAUUCAAUGAACUACAAAAGGUUGAUAUUGUCAAAGAUUUUUAGAAUUAGAAAGAGUGGUGUUUUGUUUAUUUUAGGGCUGGGUCUUGCAAUGCUUUAGAUUAUUCUUUGUUAUUAUUUGUCGGUGAUGAAUUAGGAGAAUCAUGAGAAUAAGUUCUUGUAAGCUAAUGAAAAUAUUGUGCAUGUAUUUUACACCAAUUCUGAAUUAGCAUUUUGAUGAUU